AAGUGCUAAUUAAGAGUGUCAACUCCGAUUACAGCAUGUUGGGGCGAAAUUUUUUGGCAGUGUUUCUGCUAGCCAGCUGCAGCUUGGCACACGCCUAUCCCGCGCUGCUGCCAUAUAUCUAUAAUCCGUCACAUGAUUUGCGUCCAGUUAAGCGUAGUGAUGACGCUUUCCCCCAAAUAGAGGACGAUGUGGGCGAGCUGGAUCAAUUGCGCAGCAAGCACACGGACCUAAAUAAAAGACAGCACGAGGGCCAUAAUGACUCCACCACUACCGUCAAAGAGGAGGAGGAGCAGCAGGAGCCCGUCAUAAGUAAUACAAACACCUUGCCCGAUCUGGAACGACAGCUAGAGGUGGCUACACCACUUAUGUCCACAACAACAACCAGUGCGUCGGCCACAACUAUUGCUUCAAAGGAGGAAGGCGAACGCUCGCAACUGGAAGAGCCUAAAACAGCUGCCAGGCCGCCACCGGAGCCAACCGCGCAUUCAAAGUGUAUAUCCACAAAACCACCCAAAAAUCAACAGGCAUUUUACGGUGCAGCGCGUUUAGCCUUCGGUCAGAAUCCAGAAGUGUUGCCCACAUCUUCAACAACAACUACCACGUCCACGACUACUGCUGCGACCGCGCUGCCUGGUGAAACCAAGAGCGAAGGUGAAUCCAUGGCGACAGACGUCGGCAGCGGACCAGGAGUGGAAACUGCUGUGGCCGAGACUGUAGCAGUAGAUGUUGCCGGUGAACCGGAGGCAGAAAGUGCGUUAACUCCGUCUAAAUCGCCGGAACAACAAAAGGAGCUAAAUAAGGAAACCAUUGGAGACAUUUUAUUUGAGCAGUUGGAGGCGGCCGCGGCUAAGACCGCAGAACGACGUUCCAGUGUUCCGCAGCUUAUGCCCAAGACCGCUCAGAGCUUGCUACGUAGUCAGAAUGGACAGUAUUCGUCUUUUGAUAUGGCUCAGUAUGUCUUUUGGACUGGCGACGAAGCUGGCGUGGCCCGUGCCGUGGAGGAGCUCAUCAAUGAGAAUUUGAUAACGCGGGAGAACGCCUUGAAAUUUUUGCGUGACAUUCGUCUGGGCAUUGAGUUCUUACAGCGCUCCUAUGCCAAUCGUAUAUUCCCGGAGGAACUGCAUCAGAAUCAUCUUAAACGCAACAGUCCGCCCAGCCCUUCGACGACCUCAACGACAACGUCCACAACAACAACAACAAGCAGCACUACUACUGAGAAACCGUUGCCUUUUGAACACUUGGAGAGCGCCUUAAAUGAGAAUAGGCAAGUGAAGCCCCUAGACAGUUUCUCGUUUUGGAGUAAGCUCCGUGAAUUAGAUCAUGAGGGAGAGGGACAUCAAGAUCUGACAGAUUAUGACGACACCAUGGGUCGCGGUCGAGCCAAGAUUGUUGAAUACUUGUAUAAUGAAUAUAGCUUGGAGGAAAUACUCUACAAUCUGGCUAGGGUCAUGUUUGCUCAGUCUCUGGCACACGGUUCUGAUGAAGCUCAACACGAACUACAGAAACUAACCGACUUUCUUGAGCGUGAAGGCAAUCUCGGUGUGAUACCCGUGGAUUUACAAAAGAAAGUCUUGCGUGUUCUACUGACGGCGUUGUCAGACACGCUAACCGAACAUCCGGAAUUAUUACCCGCAGCUCGGUCGAAUUUAGCUAAUCCAUAUUAUCGGCUUCCUAUGCACACUCCAAGUCAAUGAAGAGUUAAUGUUUCAAAGGUUAUCAGAAAUAUAUACUUACUUAAAUAUACAAAUGCAUAAUCUACAAAGGAAUAUAGAAAUUUACAUACGAGUAUAUAAAUCAACGCAUAAUUUGUUAUACAAUUCCGGAUGGAAACGGCGCAACUCAAUUUUCGAUACUUUAUUUAAUCAGAAAGAAGCCCCUAUUCAUAAUAACAAUCCUUCGAUUAUAGAGGACUUGAAUUACAGGCUGAUUUAUAUACUCAAUCGUUAAAGUUGAUCGAAAAUAUAAAUUGCGCCCUCUCCACCUGAGUGCAAUAAUAACAUUAAUAGACAUACGUUUACAAACCUGUUCGUGUUUCCCAAUUCGAUCAAAUUUGUUCGAUUUUCAGAAACCGAUCUUUAAGAGCUUGGUCGCGUUAGGCAAUGGGAACAGAUUUAACUGAUACAUAUUAUGUGUGUUUAUAUAUACAUAAGAAAAGUGCAUAGUCUUGUUUUUUUACUUCAAGUAUUGUUUUCAAUUAACUUUGUUCUUUUUUUCUUAUGUAGAAAAAUUCUGUCUUAAAGUAGGACCACCUGUCGUGAUAUUUUCGUUGUACCUUCCAACCCAAAAAUGAGAGACUUGUGCUUGUUGGAGCUUUUAAUUAUGUGAGAAUGCAUAUAACCAAAAGUUUAAGUCAUAUGACAUAUAAAAUUGGUACCGUUAUAUAAAAUAUAAAUAUUUAAAAUGCGUUAGUUAGGAACAAUGAGGUUGAAGUAAAAGUAUCUCCCGUUUUGCUUUACUAUAUAAUAUUGAUAGCCAAUGAAGCAGGAAAGGACUUUGAGUCCGUAUACAAAUAUCAGUUGUGAGAGAGACAACAAAAUGUAAAAGUUCGUUCGAUUUUCCUCCCCCUUUGCUUAUACGUGCAUAGAGUGAGCUUAAAUUUCCAUAUUGAUUGGCACUCGCAUACAUUAUAUUGAUCGAUAAAUAAUUUCUUAUUUUACAUGCUUGCCAGUUUGUAUGUGUUAUCUUUAACUAUGUAUGUAAUGAAAAAACCGCUGUAUCAAAAGAUAUCGAGUUAAACGAACAUAUAACAUAAAAUUAAAGCAUAUACACAAAUACAAAUAUUGUUUAACAGAACUAA